AUGGGUACUUGUUAAACUAAUUGUUGUAAUAAAGAUUAAGAAUAUGGGCUUAGAACACAUUAGAAAAGUGAGAUUGAUGUUGAUGAAGGUAAUCCAGAUAUGGAUGAUUCUAAAAUUAAAUAGUCUCAUCAUUCAAUACAAAAACAAAGAGAUAAAUUUGAAGAAGAUCGUAUUCAUGAAUAAUAAGAAUUAGAUAAAAAGAAAAUAAAAUAAAAAGAAUAACAAAUUCAAGUAAAUGUUAAAACAGAUAAAACUCCAAAAGAUGAAAAUGAAUAGAAUAAAUAAUAAAAAGAGAGUGCAUAUAUUCAAUGUGAUAAAUAAACUCCCACUCCAACUUCAAAACUUAAACAUUUUGAAGAUGAUGGUCCAAUUACUAAAUACGAUCUUCAAGAGAAACCAAACAAGAAUUCAGUUUUUUAAAAAAAGAAAAAUAAGAACCUUGAGUUUAAUUAAAAAGUGUAAAAAGCAGAAUAAGAUGAUACUAUGAGUGAUGAAAGAGUGAAAUUAGGAGCAAAAACAUUAGACAAAGGAGCUGUAUAUGAAGGUGAAUGGUUAAAAGGAAAAAGAGAUGGUAAAGGUAAGUAAAUAUGGCCAGAUGGUUCAAUUUAUGAAGGAGAAUGGAUUGAAGGUCGUUGUUGUGGAAAAGGAAAACUUAUUCAUGCAGAUGGUGAUGUAUAUGAAGGAGAAUGGUUAGAUGAUAAAGCACAUGGAAUAGGAAUAUAUUAACAUGUAAAUGGAGCAAGAUAUGAGGGCUAAGUAUAAUUAUUAGAUUAUAUUAAUAGUGGUUUAAUGAUAAAUAAUCAGGUAAAGGAAUUGAAACAUGGCCAGAUGGUGCAAGAUAUGAGGGAGAAUAUUAAGAUGGUAGAAAAGAAGGUCAUGGAAUAUUAUAUUUUGCAGAUGGUUCUAAAUAUACAGGAUUUUUUGCAAAUAAUGAAAUUCAUGGUUAUGGAGUUUAUGAAUGGUCAGAUGGACGAGUUUAUAAAGGUAAUUGGAAAUAAAAUAAAAUGAAUGGAGUUGGAGAAAUUAAAUGGAGUGAUGGUCGUUAAUUUAUAGGAGUAAUUUAUAUAUUUUAUUUAAGAAUUAUUAAGAUGAUCUAAAACAUGGAAGAGGGUAAUUUUUGUGGCCAGAUGGUAGAAGAUAUAUUGGAAAUUGGAUUGAAGGUAAAUAAUAAGGAUAUGGAGCUUAUUAUUUACCAAAUUAACCACCAAAAUAUGGAAUCUGGGCAGAUGGAAAAAGAACUUAAUGGUUAGAUGCAGAUUAAGUAGAGUAAUUAAAAAUUAAAUAAGAACUAGACUUUUGA